AAUAAACACAGAUUUGAAUCAUGGGUUUCUCAAAUUCCUGAGUUUUCACAAAAACCCACCAUGGAAAUCGAAUCAGGAAGUUAUCAAAACAUUGCCAAGAAGGAAUCAUGGAGAACAGUGUUGACAUUAGCGUAUCAAAGCUUAGGUGUUGUAUAUGGAGAUUUGAGUAUUUCUCCUUUAUAUGUAUACAAAAGCACAUUCGCUGAAGACAUUCAUCACUCUGAGUCCAAUGAAGAGAUCUUUGGUGUUUUGUCUUUCAUCUUUUGGACAAUCACUCUUGUCCCUCUUCUCAAAUACGUUUUCAUAGUUCUUAGAGCAGAUGAUAAUGGUGAAGGAGGCACUUUUGCUCUUUACUCUCUUCUAUGUCGACACGCACGAGUCAACUCGUUACCGAGUUGUCAAUUGGCUGAUGAGCAGCUUAUAGAGUAUAAGACUGACUCGAUUGGGUCGUCGUCGUCGAUGCCUCAAACGGGUUUUGCAGCGAGUUUGAAAUCUACCCUUGAGAAACAUGGAGUGUUGCAGAAGAUUUUGCUUGUUCUUGCUUUGAUUGGGACUUGUAUGGUGAUUGGUGAUGGUGUUCUUACGCCUGCGAUUUCAGUUUUUUCUGCAGUAUCUGGUGUUGAGCUUUCAAUGUCUAAGGAGCAUCACAAGUACAUAGAACUCCCUGCUGCUUGUAUAAUUCUGAUAGGGUUGUUUGCACUCCAGCACUACGGUACUCAUAGAGUCGGGUUCUUGUUCGCACCGGUGAUUCUAUUGUGGCUAAUGUGCAUCAGCGCCAUCGGUGUUUACAACAUUUUCCAUUGGAACCCGCAUGUCUAUGAAGCACUUUCUCCCUAUUAUAUGUACAAGUUCCUCAAGAAAACUCAAAGUAAAGGUUGGAUGUCUCUUGGUGGGAUCUUGCUCUGCAUUACAGGUUCCGAAGCAAUGUUUGCGGAUCUGGGACAUUUUUCUCAACUCUCAAUCAAGAUUGCUUUUACGUCACUUGUUUACCCGUCCUUGAUACUCGCCUACAUGGGACAAGCAGCUUAUCUCUCUCAGCAUCAUGUUAUCGAAAGCGAAUACAAUAUCGGGUUUUAUGUAUCUGUACCAGAAAAACUAAGAUGGCCAGUUCUUGUGAUCGCCAUACUAGCUGCUGUAGUUGGAAGCCAAGCCAUUAUCACUGGAACAUUCUCGAUCAUCAAACAAUGCUCUGCAUUGGGAUGCUUCCCCAAAGUGAAGAUAGUUCAUACGUCAUCCAAAAUUCACGGUCAGAUUUACAUCCCUGAGAUCAAUUGGAUCUUGAUGAUCCUCUGUUUAGCUGUAACCAUCGGCUUCAGAGACACCAAGCGGUUGGGUAAUGCUUCAGGUUUGGCGGUUAUAACCGUUAUGCUUGUGACGACGUGCCUAAUGUCACUAGUGAUCGUACUCUGCUGGCACAAGAGCGUCCUCUUCGCAAUCGCAUUUGUCGUAUUCUUUGGCACAAUCGAAGCUCUCUACUUCUCAGCUUCCCUAAUCAAAUUCCUCGAAGGAGCAUGGGUCCCAAUUGCCCUCGCUUUUUGUUUCCUUCUUGCAAUGUGCACUUGGCACUACGGAACCCUCAAGCGCUACGAAUAUGACGUCCAAAACAAAGUCUCAGUCAACUGGCUUCUUAGCCUCAGUCAAACCCUAGGAAUCGCACGUGUCCGUGGCCUCGGACUCAUCCACACGGAGCUUGUCUCUGGUGUCCCCGCAAUAUUCUCUCAUUUUGUCACCAACCUCCCUGCCUUCCACCAGGUUCUCGUCUUCCUCUGUGUCAAAUCCGUUCCGGUUCCACACGUCCGACCCGAGGAACGGUUUCUAGUCGGACGUAUCGGCCCAAAAGAGUUCCGGAUCUACCGUUGCAUUGUCCGGUUCGGGUACCGUGAUGUCCACAAAGACGAUUUUGAGUUUGAAGGCGAUCUUGUAUGUAGCAUUGCCGAGUUUAUCCGUACUGAAGCUGCAACCGCCACCGCUGCAGAGACCAACGGAGAGGAUGAAGAUAGAAUGUCGGUAGUCGGAACUUGUUCUACAUACAUGCAAGGAAUCGAGGAUCAUUACGAAAGCGAUCUUGACGACCCUAAUAAGCCCGGGACGUCAGAGAUCCGAUCACCAAAACCAAAGAAGAAGAGUAAGAGUAAGAUCAAAAAGAGAGUAAGGUUUGUUGUCCCGGAGACUCCAAAGAUAGAGAAGGAAACUAGACAGGAGUUGAUGGAGCUAACGGAGGCGCGUGAGGGAGGCGUGGCUUAUAUAAUGGGAAACGCGUAUAUGAAAGCAAAGCAAGGAUCAGGAUUAGUAAAGAGACUCGCCAUUAACAUUGGCUACGAGUUUCUUAGGAGGAACACUAGAGGUCCUAGAAACAUGCUUACCUCGCCAAAUGCUUCUACUUUAGAAGUCGGUAUGAUCUACCAUGUCUAAAGGGGGUAUUUUGGUCUUUUUGUAAAUGCUUUUGUUGUGUUUUAAAUUGCCAAAAGAAAAAUGAAUUAGAUAU